AUGGAGGAGCGCUCGCAGCUGCGCAUGUGGACGCAUGCGGUGCGGAACGACUUCUUCAAGGGCCUGCAGAAGGUUCAGGAGAACCGCUCGAACCGCGCGCGGGGUCUGACGCGGGACACGCGCGCGACGACUGAGAACGUGCUUGACACCCGCACCUGCCGGUUGAUUGAGAAGCUGAUGAAACGCAACGCCCUCACCGACGUGUGUGGCACGAUCAGCACUGGAAAGGAAGCGAAUGUGUACUUCGUCGCGGGCCCGCAGGCCCUGGCAGACGCCGCCGCGCCCUCAGACAAGCGCGAGACAGACUCCGAGGCUGCAGACCUGCGCCAGGAGGCCGGCGCCGCGGCUGCGCAGACGAAGGGUGUGCUGAGCUCGGUGCAGCUUGCGAAGGGCGGCGCCGAAGAGACGGAGGAAGAUGACGCUGAAGCGCACCCACUGAGCUGGCGGCCGUUCGUGUUGAAGGUCUACCGCACGUCGAUCCUCGCCUUCCAAGACCGCAGCCAAUACGUCCAGGGAGACCACCGAUUCGAACGCGCCUACACGCGGUGCCGCAAUCCGCGCAAGAUGGUGGUGAACUGGGUCAUGAAGGAGUUCCGCAACUUGCUCAGGCUGCACGCGGCCGGCGUCCCCUGCCCACUGCCUGUGGACGUCUCUGCGCACGUGCUUCUCAUGACCUUCAUCGGCUUCGCGGCAGACGCGCCGCCUGUCUGCGCGCCCGAGGACGCGCCGCCUGUCUCCGCGGCGCCCGACGCCGACGACGAGGCCUUCGCGGUCAGACAGCGGACGACAGGCUUCUCAACCGGCGCACGCGCAGACGACGCUGCAGAGGCCGCCGCCGACGCCAGGCCGCCUGCAGACGCGCAGGACGCCGCGGCGGCCUCGACCUCUGCAGCGUCGCUGCUCUAUGCCGCGGCGCCGCGCCUGAAGGACCUGGUGUCUGCCGUCUGCUGCUCGGCGGCCGCGACGGCCUCGCUACGCGCCUGGGAGGCGCUGUACGUGCAGGCGGUCGCGCUGCUUCGCUGGCUGUUCCAGGUUUGCCGCGUAGUCCACGGGGACCUCUCGGAGUACAAUUUGCUUUUCCACGUCGCUGGCCUGUACGUGAUUGACGUGGGACAGGCGGUGAAUUUUGACCAUCCGCAGGCGCUGGACUUUCUGAAGCGCGACUGCCGCAACGUGACUCGCUUCUUCCGCCAACAGCUCGCGCAGAUCCGCGAGAAGCGCGCGCGGCGUCUGCGCGAGGAGCUGCGCGAAGCCGCGUUCGCCGCCGCCGCGCAGGCGGAGGCGCCCCCGAGGGCGCCCUCGCCGUGCGCCUGCGUCUACGCGCGGCGCGCCCGCGAGCACCGCGACGGGCACUUGCCCGCGCAGGCGGAUCCGGCGACGCCUCCUUCGAGUCCGUCCUCCUUCAAAUACACCUGGCAGAGCCCGCCUGCCGCGAGGGGCGAGGCUGCAGAGGGCGGGAGGCCCUCCUCGCUCUCGCCGCACAGCUCUCGCCGGCCUAGGUUCCCCCUGUUGCAGUACGCGGCGCCGGCGCAGGCCUGCGGCGCCGCUGACGACGAAGGCGUCAAAGUGCUUGCGCUGCGCCGCCUGUUCGAGCUAGUCGUCAGUCCGCAGCUGCCUGAGCCGGUGAAGGCGCUGCAGCGGCGCCUCGCGGCCGCCGCGCUGCCCCCGGGCGAAGCCAGCGCGCAGCUGCGAGGCGGCGAGGCCAGCAGUGAAGAGGUCGCCGCGAGGGCGGCCGCGGCAUCCUCGUACCGCGAGUCGGCGUGCCUCGCGACAGCCACGCACGAGGCGAAGCAGCGAGACCUCAUCCUGCUCGCGGAAGCUCUCGGGCAGUUCCUCCAGGCCCACGAGGGCCCCGAGGACGACGAGGAGGAAGACGAGGGAGAGGAGGCCGAGGGAGAAGAGCGAGAGGCGCGAGAGAAGAAGGCGCUGGAUUUCCCGAGUGAAGAUGGCGGCGACGAGGCGGGGGGGGCUUCGGUGUCUAACUCGGAUGACGAAGAGGAGGAAGAAGUCGAGGACGCGGUGUUCCUGAACACGUGGAUUCCCAGCCACCUAGCGCAGGUCUGCGACCGGCGCCUGCUGGAGCGGCUCCUCGUGCAGCGCACGAAGGACGGCCUCGAGGGGGGCACCGAGCGCCCGGGGGGAGGCGAGGCUUCGAAGGCCGGAAGAGGCUCGAAAAAGUCCGCGAAGAAAUCGGAAAAGGAGCAAGACGACAUGCUUGACGAGCUGCUCGAGAUGCACGCCCUCCUGCUGGGUCAGGAGAAGAAGGAAAAAGAGGAAGAAUGCGAAGAGGAGGAAGCUGUGGACAAAGAGCCAAGCGGACGGCGAGGCCGACGAGGCAAGAAGCAAGGCGAGGAGAGGAGGGCGAAGAGCAAGUCACACGCGGGCGACAGAGAGGAGAAGGCGAAUGCCGAAAGCGAUGCAGACACAGAAAGCGCCUCCAGUUCAGAAGCCUCUGAAGACGACGACGAAGAGGAGGGAAACGGAGAGAGAGAAGACGGCGAGAACGGGGACGAAAGUGACCAAGUCUUUCGCGGCAUCAUUCCCGAUAACAUCGACCGGAAAACGUGGAAAAAAAUGGUCAAGGAACAAAACAGAGAAAAACGCAAAUACAAAAUCGCCAAGCACCUGAAAAAGAAAUACAGAUCCAAGGCUGCAAACCGAUAA